AUGUCUGACGACGAAGAAAUCUCCGUCUACGACGAGAUCGAAAUCGAAGACAUGACCUUCGAUGCCGAUCGCCAAAUCUACCAUUAUCCCUGCCCAUGCGGUGAUCGCUUCGAGAUUUCCCUCUACGACCUCCGCGACGAGUCUGACAUUGCCGUCUGUCCGAGCUGUAGCCUCAUGAUUCGCGUCAUAUACGCUCUUGAGGAUUUACCGCCGGAGCCAUCCACCGUCGACUCAACCACCGCCACCGCCGUCGCUGCUUGA